AUGGCGCAAUCCACGACUCCAGGCUUUGACAAAGCCUUCGCCCAAACCCUCUGCGAUCUCCAAGUCCCCAAAGUCAUCAAAUUCUCCCCCAACGGCCAGCAACUCUUGUACUCCACCAGUCUCAUCGGCGGCCACCGCAAAGGCAAAAACGCCCUCUCAACACUCUGGAUCGCAUCAUCCACCGAAGCAAACUCAUCUCGUCAGCUUACAUCGGGUCUCUUCAAUGACACGUCGCCGAAAUGGCAUCCUGAUGGAAACAGAAUUGCGUUUCUGUCAGAUCGGGCAAAAGUUGGUGAGAGCUCGGCCAUUUACAUGCUCAGAAUGGACGGUGGCGAUGCGAUUCCUAUAACUGAUGUUGAGAAUGAGGAGGAUAUCGAGAGUUUUCUGUUUUCGCCCGAUGGCAAGGCCAUUGCGUAUGUUUCGCCGGAUGAGAAGUCGGAGGAGGACAAAGAGAAGAGUGAGAAGGAUGAGCCUGAUCCUGAAGUCUGGGGCCAUAAAUGGGACUUUGCGAGAUUAAGACUUGUCGAUGUGGAAUCUCACGAGACGAAGGUUCUCGUCGGUGGAGAGACUCACGUUGGGGAGUUUUGUUGGAGUCCUGAUGGGAAGAGUAUUGCUUUUAUGAGUACGGAGAAUCCUCAUAUCGAAGAAGCAAUGUUGACAGGCACGACUAUCUCAACUGUUGAUGUCGAGACCGGCGAGGCCACGGAACUUUGCAAGAUCAUGAAUGAGCCGUAUGAUCUUACCUGGGCGCCUGAUGGGCAGAUCUAUUUUAUCACCGGCGUACCUGCCGAUAAAGAUACAGGAGGACGAGCGGUUUACAAAACUGAUCCCAAGACCGACACUCACGACUUCGUCAAGGUUGCAUGUGGUGUCGAUGAUGAUGCUGGAGGUCUUCAUGUCGUUGGUGGCAAGGUCCUUGUGAAUCGUCAGGUUAAGCUUGUCGAUGUCAUCAGUGAAAUUGGAGGUGAUGAUCUUUUCGAUGAGAAGAAGGAGCUUUGGGUUUAUGAUGUUUUCAUCAACUCUGGGACUGGUGCUGCGACUCUUGCAGCGAGUUUGUCGGAUGUUGGUACGCCAUAUGACAUCUUCGUAAUCGAGAAAGGAAAGGAGAAGAUCAAAGUUUCCAACCACGGGAAGUCACUUGCCGACAGAUCCCUCGGUUCAUGCACAGUCCUUACCUGUAGCUCCACCGAUGAUGAAGUCGACCUCGACGGUCUUUACCUCACUCCAACCCCCAAAGCAAACCCCAACAAAACACCCACCGAACCCCUCCCGACAUUUGUCCUCAUCCACGGUGGUCCUACAUCUCGCGACACUGAUUCCUUCGACACAACCUGUUUCAACUGGGCUCCAUACAUCCUCUCAAAAGGCUACGGCGUUCUCCUCCCUCAAUAUCGUGGCUCAAGCGGUCGAGGAGAGAAAUUCGCUUCCUACAGCAUGGGUGGACAGGGGAAGUAUGACUACGCUGAUGUAGUGGCUAUCACUGAUAAUGCUAUCAAGAAAGGUUUUGCGGAUCCAAAGAAGUUGAUUGUUGGGGGUUGGAGUCAGGGUGGUCUUUUGACGUAUCUGUGCAGUGUGCGUAAUGGUCUUCAUGGUCUUGGAUGGCGCUUCAACGCAGCUAUUGCAGGCGCAGGUGUCUGCGACAUUGAAAGUCUUGCACUCACAGCUGAUCUCGGAUCAACGUACGAGAUCGAACUAGCAGGAGGUGAUACGAUCUGGACUCUUAACCGAGACGACACAAGGAAUCGGCAGGGCAGUGCGCUAUGGGAAGUCGCCAGUGCAGUCAAGCAUACACGAGAAACAGGGGAGAUGGUCAUCCCGCCUAUGUUGAUCCUCCACGGUGACAAAGAUGAACGAUUGGCAGAAACAACUUCUCCCAGUGUCUCAACACAGGAACAGUGA